UUCGCCGUCGAAGCUUUCUCUCGCGAACAGUCGCCCCGAACGGACGUGCGUGAAACGUUUCCUCCGGUGUUACGCGCGCGCGUGUGUGUGUGUUUGUGUGUAGAAAGAGCUGUGCUGUUAAUUAAUUGUGUACGUGCAAGGGUGUAAGGAUGCAAGCCUUGAAGGUGAAGUUAAAAGUGUGACCAAAAUUGAAUGAAUGUCGCUUUAAUUCGCUUUGGUAAAGCAAUAGAAAAAGAAAUAUUUGCACGGUGCACACCAAGCGACAAACAAGUGACAAAAUUGAAGCGAGUGCUGUGUGUGUGAGUGUGUCUGCACAGUGUGUAUGCGUGCAUGCGUGUGUUUGCCCCGUAGUGAAGGUGUUUUCUGCACCCGCCGUCGGCAUGCGGUGAGGUACGGUGGAAAAGAAUUAAAAAGAAUUCCCAAAAAAAUCAACCCUCAUCCCAUUCCUGCCUCUCGAUGCGGCAGGGGUGAAACCACAACUACAAUUCAACAGCAGAACCAUUAAAAUACGAAAUCUGCAGCAUACCAAUCGAACGACAAACGAGCAAUCAGUCCGAUCCGAAACGGAAUCGCUUUCGGCAAUGUACUAGAAAAUACGUAAAAGCCACGCUACAACAUACGUCAGCGGUUCAGCGUGAAAACAAAUCAAUCGACGCGUGAGAACAGCACGCGAAACAGAACAUCAAACGAGAUCCAUUAUACCGUGUGCUGUGAAACAAAGUUUACUGUUUGGAGAAGUAGAAAAAAAAACACACACACACACAACGCAAAGGGAGAAAAAAAGUUUACGUGCGUGGAAAUAAGGUUUAGUGGCUUUUUUCCUCAAUUAUGUAACUUGCUCCCAUUCAUGUUUCAGCGUUAUUAAUUGUGCAGCUAGAAAAAGUAUUACUUUGCAGUAUUGAAGAAAAAGCAACCAUUAUUCGGUGCCAUUAUUGGUAGUGUGAGAGAGUAAAAGUGUAUCUAAUUGUGACGGCAAAGGCGCAAAAGUAAAAGUUCUUGAGGCGCGGUUCCUCUAACUUCGGUCGAUAAAAUGAGUGAUGGUGGAUGAAAACACUGCUGGUCAGUGGAAGUUUAUGCGCAAGUUUUCAACACAUCUGAUUGUGUGUUUUGUAUCAAUUGUGAAGCAAAAGUGAAACCGUUCGACGGAGAAAUACAAGUACACAGGAUUUACAUACCUCAUUUUGGCAAACAAAAAUGGAUCUGGCGGGUGAAGCAGGCACUACCUCGAGACAAGCGCGGUUCGAGGACUACCAGAAGAUGAGUACCUCGCUGCAGAAUAUAGCCUCCGAUCAACCGGAUCAUCAUCAUAGCAUGAUAUCGAUCCAGGAGGAGCUGGAUCAGCUGGGCCUGAACAAUGAACAGCAGCAACCGGCUCCACCCUACCCGCAGGUCAUCUAUGGCAACGAGUAUCAUCACCAUCACCACCACCAGCAGCAGGUCGGUAACGACGACAGCAGCAGCCCGGACUACCUGCAACACCAUCUGCCCCACCACCACCAGCACCACCCGGCGAUGUGUGCGAACGGGUGGCCCCAGCUCCCGGUGGGCAUGGUUGCGGCCGGUGGCCCAGGCGUCGGCCCGGUUGGCGUCGGCAUCGGCGUCGGUGUCGGUGUCGGCAUGUCCAGCAAACCGGCGACGGCCGGCUGGAUGGAUGGGCUGUUUGGCUGCAUGCGACCGGUGCUGUCGCUGAUCGGCAAGAGCCACAUCAUGGAGAUGAAGAGCAAACAGACUGAGGAUUGGGAAAUUCCGUACGAAACCAUCACGGACAUGGUGUGGCUCGGCAGCGGGGCCCAGGGUGCCGUGUUCUGCGGCAAGCUGCGCAACGAGCUGGUGGCGGUGAAGAAGGUGCGCGAGCUGAAGGAGACGGACAUCCGGCAUCUGCGCAAGCUGGAUCACGAGAACAUCGUCAAGUUCAAAGGGGUCUGCACCCAGGCGCCAGUGUUCUGCAUCAUCAUGGAGUACUGUGCGCACGGUCCGCUGCACAAGAAGCUGCAGGACAGUGGCGGGGUCAUAACGCCCCAGCAGCUCGUCUCCUGGUCGCAGCAGAUCGCGCUCGGCAUGCAGUACCUGCACACGCACAAGAUCAUACACCGUGAUCUGAAAAGUCCCAAUAUCCUGAUUGGCGAGAAUGACGUCAUCAAAAUCAGCGACUUUGGCACUUCGCGCGAGUGGAACGAGAUCAGCACGAAGAUGAGCUUCGCCGGUACGGUGGCCUGGAUGGCGCCGGAAGUGAUCCGCAACGAGCCGUGCAACGAGAAGGUCGACAUCUGGUCGUACGGCGUGGUGCUGUGGGAGCUGCUGACGGGGGAGGUGCCGUACAAGAACGUCGACUCGUCGCAGAUCAUAUUCGGGGUCGGCAACAACUCACUGUACCUGCCCAUACCGGACACGUGCCCGGAGGGGUUCAAGCUGCUGAUUAAGCAGUGCUGGAGCGCGAAACCGCGCAACCGGCCAUCGUUCAAGAUCAUCCUGACGCAUCUGGACAUUGCGGGGCGGGAGCUGCUGCAGGCUUGCGAGAAGGGUCAGUACGAGCUGUACUACCAGACGCAGCGCUCGUGGCGUGAGGAUAUACGCAGCCACAUGCAGAAGCUGACGAGCAAUGGGAUGGACAUACAGAAGCACGAGCAGGACCUGAUCCAGAAGCGGAAGGAUGAGUGGAAGCACGCGCAGGACGUGCGGAUGACGUACGAGCGGAAGCUGGAGCGGACGAACAUGCUGUGCAUGCAGCUGUCGCAGCUGAUACUGCAGGUGGAGCAGAAGGAGCAGGAAAUUCUCAAACGAGAGAAGCUGCUUGCACCGGAACAGCGCAAGUGUGGCUUCCUGAAGCGCGGCGGCGACAAGGCAAACCGCAAGCGACCGUUCAGCUUUCCAGCGAUGACGACGGCCCUGCCUGGACGGGGCGGUUAUGGCUACUCGACGACGCCCAGUCCAACGGCGGCCGGUGUCACGCCGGCGAAGGCAACGCUGUAUGCGGAGCUAAACCCAUCCGGCCAUCAGGGUGCCAAGUCGGUCGUGGUUCCAGUAGCAGCAGCUCCACCACCACCCUACAGUACACUGGCACCGCUGCAGACGGCAGCAGCUGCCGUACCGGUAACAUCACCCAUCACCAGCCCGGAAGCUGUCCCCGUCCAACCGAUGGCUCCAUCGACGACCUCCUCCGGCAGGGUGAAAAAGCUCCGCCAUCGGCGAGUCGGCUCGGGCACGAUCAACUGCAGCCCAAAGUGCAGCCCUUGCCGGGAUCGGCGCGUCCAGAGCGAGCCCGAAUCGCGCCACGUUAAGCUUGUGGACACGGAAACGCAAACCGAACCGAUGGACAUUAGCGAGCCGGAUGUGAGCCCGUGCCCGAACCUGGCCUCGAAGCGCAUGUCGGCAAGCUUGCGCGAGGAGGAGGAAGAGGAGCAGGAGAAGGUGGAGCCGGAGGUGAUUGAGGAAGCGUUGAGGCGGCUGAGUGUGAGCGAGCGGCUCGCCGGCGAUCGGGUGCUGCCGGUGGAGACGCGUGCCAGUGCGUACCGCUGCAGCAGCAAGCCCCAGUCCGAGGACGAUGGGGAGGUGCCGGAGGACGAGGAGAACGGCAACUCGAUCUCGAUCUCCACGAUGACCAACAGCCGGAGCAGUGACAUGAUGACGACGAGUGGCGGUGUCCCGGUGACCGGUUCCGAGCAGAACUACCGAUAUCGGAGACAGCAGAGCUCGCAGCAGCAGGAAGACCUGCGGGAGGAGGAAGCCGACGGUUAUGUGGAGGAGUUUGACGAUGAGCGGGAAGGCUCCAGCCCGGACCCGAUCAUGGACGCGAUGAACCGGAACGAGCGGUUCGAUCGGGCGUGCAGCGACGACGACAAGAUCGACACGCUCGACCGGAAGGUGAACAUCAUCUCGGAGAAGCUGCAGCAGAGUGCCGCGUACGGGAAUCUCCUGAACGACAACAACGUGAUCGUGUACCGGGCCGCCCUGAAGCAGCCGAACCAGCCGUCGGGCGGGAAAACGAUCCUGCUGAAGCAUCCGGGCGCGGGAAGCAACCUGAAGCCGGCCGGUGCUGGCGGCGCCGGGAUCGGUGCGUAUCUGUACAGUGGACCGCAUGCUGGCGGGUUGGCGGUGGUCGGUGGUGGUGGUGGAGGAGCUGGAGCUGUGCCGGCUGAGGUGGAGCAGCACCACGAGCCAAAGCUGGGGGAGGAGGAGGAGGAGGAGAGCUGGACCGAUGAGGAGGGAGAGGAACCGGACCAGAAGCAGUACUAUGUGUUGCGCCGCAAAAGUGUUGGCCGUCUUCCAAUAAAGCGUGGUCGCCGGACCAAGUACUCGGUCGGAUCGGGCCCCUCGGUAGCGUCGGGUGGCGGUGGCGUCGGUGUCAGUGGCAGCAGCGCAAUGGUGCACCAUCACCACCAUCAUCACCAUCAUCAUGCUUCCCCCGGUGGUACCGACCAUCUGGCGAUCGUGCACCGGAAGAUCCACUCGAACGUAACGAUCUCGGACGAGGAGAACACGUCCGAGUACAGUCACGCACCGUCCAGCCAGCGAUCGACGCUCGAAUCCAACCCGGACCUGCCGUCGGUCGUGAUGAUGAAGGCGGGUCGGCGUGUCGAUCGCAUCAAGCAGCAGCAGCAGCAGCAACCGAUGCAUAAGAGCACCACCUCCGCCAAAGACACGGACGAUGACGACGACGACGAGGACGCAGAUGACGAUGGCCACGUGCCGGACAGUGACGUCGAGCAGGACUCUAGCGACAGCAGCAGCUCGGUGGAACGUGUCGACCGGCGCCCGGUGGCUGAUGUCGUCAACGGAAACCGGAUGUAAAAGCUUGUGUGAAAUGUUUGUUUGAGAUUAUCGCUAGGGUGACUCUUCGUUUUUCUUUCCGCAACCGUUCUAUUUCGAUCGGUUUAAUUCCUCCAAUCGUUUUUGUUGUUGGUAGGAGAAGUUGUUUAACGUUGUAGAUCGGAUUCAAAUUUGCUGUAAUUUGCUUAUACUUUUGUUAUAGUUUUGUGCGUAUGUUACCAUCUAGUUCCGUCCUCGUUUCUUUUUGUCUGCUCUAAGCCCCCCCCCCCUCCCAGCCGAUCUACAACACUCUGACUUUGGCGGUGGCCCCGCGUUUUGAUGAUCUUUUUUUUUUCUGCCAGAAAGACUCCAGUCCAGUCGUGGUUAAGUAAACGGAUAUUAUAUGUGUCUAUAUAGCAUUAGAGAUACGCUCGGGAAAGGACGUAUGGGUGCGCUUGCGUGCGCGUAUUGCGAAACGAGAGACUGAAUCGAUCGAUAGCUCUACCUAUAUAUAUAUACAUACACAUAAACACAAACGCAUAUAGAGAUACGGUUUGGUGUGCUGCUUACCUGCUAUUGUGGAACUAUUUAUUGUGGAACAAUCCCCCCUCUCGCAGGCUACCAGACGGACCAUUCUGAGCGUUUAGCAAGUAGAAACCACUCACCUGUAAUCAAGCAAAGCAGAACGUCGUUGUUGGGGUACCACAUGAGUCCCUCCAAGUGUGGUGUACAAAUUAUUGGUGGCCUAUCAAGAUGGACAAAAUCUGUCGUACUUAGUUUUUAGCUGUUUAGAUUGAAUAGAGAGAAACAAGCCCCGGGUUUGCAAAGAAAUGCUUAGAACGGAGAAGUCUUCUGGACAGGCGACUCACGGCCCAGCCUGGUGCAACAGUACGAGGCUUGUCAGCUCGUUGAGGCCUCCUUAGAUGGUUAAAUGAUCUUUUGUACAUUUUUCGUAGUUGCUUUAGUCACUCCCUUUUCCCUUGUUCACUUUUGGCUCAUUUACUUCCCCCCCAUUUUGGAGAGUUCUAUGUUCGUUUUUUUGUUUGUUUUGUUAGUUCCUAUUUUGUUUCUUUUGUUGUUUGCUCAUUCCUUUGCAAGUCUCAUUCGAGAUUUACGCUUGAUUACGCUGUUUUACGAAAAUGUGAUACGUACGUCCCAUGAGCGGCGGGCUACGUUCCGUACGUUGCGAACAGAGGGGAAAACAUUCCCCCGUUAACUCAAACAUGAUGUGCAAUGUUGCAAAAGAAAAAGAAAAAAAAAACAUUAAAGGCAGAGGGGAGGGUGCAAACAUUCCACUGUAUAGCGAGUAAGAGAAUAAUAACUAAGACACACACACGAUACGCCUACAGAACUAUGGAAUAUAUAUACAUAACUACUUUGACCUAUGCGCAUGUAAAAUAAACCUUAAAAUAACCUGAAAGCAAUCAAACAAACCAUUUAAGCGAGCGAAAGACCUGGGCAGGUUUAGGGAAUAAUGUACCGGACAUAAACAAAAAAACAAAACAAAAAACUCCGGUUCGUCCAGUAAUAUGAAUGUGUGUUUGCUUCACAACUGUGUAAUAACUCUGUGUACCGAAUGAUGAACGUUCCGCGAUUCGCGUUAUUGUUGCCAUUGCCUUAUCUGUGGAAAAGCGCCGCCAUUUUCAACAGCAGCAUUACUAUUUUAGAAGAGCGGUAGUAAAGAAAACAAAACAAAAAAAAGAACAGGAAGAAAACUGCCGUUGUUGUUUUGCUAACAUGUGUAGAAGCAAGCUACAUCAUACAAACUUAUUGGUACCUGGCUAGCGAGAAAGGAAGGGCCCCCACAUUGCACAUUGCAUAGAAGGAAAAAAGAAAAACAAGGGCAGCGAGACACUUGAUGCUUAGCACCACCUGUGCUGCUGCAGCCCAGCAAGAGAGAUAUUAUUUUUGAAGGAUUUUUACCCUAUUUCGCUGUAUUUACGCUCUUCUUUCGAGUUUUCCACAGCAGAACAGAAAGUUGCAGACGCUAUUGUGUAUCGAAAGGAUGAUAAAAAAGCAGUUUAAAUUUACACAAAACCAUUAAGUGGGUACAUCAUAUGUGACGCCAGCGCUUGUAUGAAACAUUUAGGCCUUUUCUUCCUUCCCUCUCCCUACCGGCUCCCUGAUAGCAGGAGGACAUGUAGUUUAUUUUGGUGCAAAUAAAGCCAAUAAAAAAGGGAAUAAGAAAACGUACGCUAGUAGGCGAUAGAGGUAUACAUUUAUAAAACAAACAAAAAAAGCAACUCCAAUUAAAAGAUAAGGUUCCGCAGUCGGCAGUCGUUAUUCCCUUCUAAUCGUUGUUCAAAUUCAAAUAUUCAAAAAAAAAAGAAAGAGAAGCUCUAAAAACAAGCAGCAAAUAUGUAAAACUAAUUAAAGAGAGAAAGUUGAAGAGACAAACAAAACAGUUAAGAGCAAAAAAUAUGCACAUUCCACACCUUGGUUGCAACACACGUGCUUAACAGAACCAGGAAAAGACAGAAACAGGAACCGUAUAAAUAUACAGGAAACAGGUGCAGGAAACGGUGGGCGAAAGAAGAAGAAGAAAAAACACUGGUUUUAGUUGUUUAGCGUUAGUAAUCGGCCGGAGACAGAUAAACCUCGUAUAAUAAAUCCACUACUAUUAGCAGUAAGAGAAGGAUACUUAAACCCAGGGCCGAGGACAAGCAUGGAAUGUCC